AUGGCUGUUGGCAUGUCGUUUUCAGGAGUUUGCUGUUUCGUGGCUUGGCUAGUAGAACGUGAAAGGCUUUCUCGGGUUAGGUUUCUAAGCGACCAAGAUGAGGGAAUUAUUUCCCUAAGCAUCAUGGUUUUAACUCCUCAGUUUUUGUUGCUAGGGCUAAUGAAAGGAUUUGCAGAAGGUGGACUAGAGAUUUUCUUGUGUGAUCGGGUGAAAUCUGAGUCAAUGAAAAACAUUGUGGAGCCGUGCAUUGAAAUGGUGCUGGGGAUUGGAAAAUUGUCCAGCAUUCUAUUUGCAUUCAUUUUUCGUAGCUGGAUUAAGGAUAAGAUGAACGAUAGUCACCUGGACAGGUAUUAUCUGGUGCUGGCAUCACUGAGCUUCAUGUUCCUUGGGAUUUAUGUGUGCUAUGCCAAGUUCAAGCUCCAGAAACCCCAAUGUGUAGAACCAGAAAGGGUGGAUGAAUUGGAAGCUGUCCAGGUGGAUGCUGGUGGUCCCGUUAUAAGUUCAGCUGUGUAA